GGAGCAGAGGGAAGAGGUGCAGAGAUAGGGUGGCGAGAUGGAGGAGGAAGACCACGGACAGAGGGAGGAGGAGAAAGAGGUGGAAUAGCAGCCCGGGCACAGCCAAGAAGAGGAGCAAACACGACGAGAUGGCGCGGAAGAGAUGAUAAUCAACAGAGAGGCAGAGGUAGAAGGGAAGAUGCAGAGAGGCAGACAUUUGGAGACGGCAGACAGUCAGGUGGAGGUGAAGGAGAAGGUGCAAGAGGAAGAGGAAGAGGAAGACAGAGUGGAGACAGAAGAGAAGGUCCUGGAUCACAAGACCGUAAAAUGGGCUAUAAAACUCUGGAAGACCUCUCUAAAGAGGACUCGUCUCUUGUGGCCAUCGCGCUCUCCAACACACCUGGCUUUCACGCGCUCCUGGGUGACACAAACAUGAGGCAGGACCUUAUUCAACUCAUCUGCACGGUGCUAAACAAAGCCUUCAGCUCAAAGACGGACAUAAGCACGCUGCAGCACCUGGCCCGCGUUGUAAAAGAUUCAAAGUUCUUCCAAACCACCCUGCUUCAUUACGUGGGGGGCAUGGUGUCAGAGCCCAGCGCUGCCCGCCGAAUUCAGUACCCACAGUGUCUGGAAAACAUCCUGGCUAUUCUCUCAGAGGUGCUCAGCAUCUACCCUGCGAGCUCUGUCAAUGCAGUGAGUAUGACGCUGACCCUGAUCCAGGGCGCCAUCAACAAUCUCAGGGCAUCAGGCGUGAACAUCCGGCGUGAAAUGGAGGAAAAUGUUGAACAACUUCAGGGCCUGAUAGCGCAUCUUCAGGAGAGAUCCAGGGAAGGAACCCUGCGCUCAGACAAGGACACAUACGCACUCCUGUCCACCGGGGGCGAUAACCCAGGUGGAGAAGAUAUGGAAGAUUUCAGGACCAUACCAAUCUACCCAACCCCCGAGGAGUUCGCCCAGGAGCACAGACCAUUUCUCAGACCCAACCUCACCAGUCAGCGCUACACAAACACCCACCUUUACCUCGACACACACUUCCGGCUGCUCCGAGAGGACUUUGUUCGACCGCUCCGGGAGGGAAUCCAACAGUUCCUCCGGAACCAAAUGGACAUGGGACGGACCGAUAACCCGGGGAAGACCAAGCACAUUGAUGACAUCCGUGUGUAUUUUGACACGAGACUGGUGGUGCCCAAGUGCACACAGACCGGUCUCGCCUACGUUGUCCAGUUCAACAGUCAGCCACUUAAGUUUGUUCGCUGGCAGAACUCCAAGAGGCUGCUCUUUGGUUCCCUGGUCUGCUUGUCGUUCGACAACUUUGAGAGCUUCUUGUUCGCCACGGUGUCUGAUCGAAACCCUGAACAGCUGCAGGAAGGGAGAGUCCAGAUCACCUUUACACGGGAGGACAGAGCCAAGUUGGCCAGAAUCGAGACAGAUCAAGCGUUCCUGAUGGUUGAGACCACAGCCUACUUUGAGGCCUAUCGAUAUGUUCUUGAGGGCCUGAAGGAGCAAACGGCGCAGAGCUUGCCCUUCCAGAGGUACAUUGUGGACUGUUCCACUGAUGUGCAGCCACCAGCUUAUCUAAAAAAACGUGACAUUUAUGACCUCUCAUCCAUCGCCAAUCCUGACAACAAGGACAGCAUGCGGCCCUUUUGUAGCCUGGAACCAGAUGCCUGGCCUUCAAUGGAAACGCUGGGCCUGGAUGAGUCUCAGCUGAGGGCCGUCCAACUGGCCCUCACAAAGGAGCUGGCAAUCAUACAAGGACCCCCUGGCACCGGAAAAACAUAUGUGGGCCUAAAGAUUGCUGAGGCUCUGCUGACCAAUGAGAAGCUCUGGAAUGUGACACACAAAUCUCCAAUGUUGGUUGUGUGUUACACUAACCAUGCCCUGGAUCAAUUUCUUGAGGGGAUCCAUAAAUUUCUGAAAGGUGGCAUCGUGAGAGUGGGCGGUCGCAGUGACAGUGAAAUCUUGAAACAGUUCAAUCUAAGGGAGCUGUCCCACUCGCGCAACUUCAGGCUCUCACUCCCAUCUCAACUGAGUCGUGCACACAAUCAGCUCUACAGAGAGCUAUGCGAGGAAGGGGAGUUGAUCCAAACUCAGAGCAUAAAGCUGGAGUGUUCCCUGAAAGGUGUAAUAAGAGAAACCUUCCUGCACCAGUUCAUUUCACAAAGGCACUGGGAAAGUCUCAAUUCACCCCCAAUCGGCGAAGGUUUUGAUAUCUGGUUUAACAAGAAGACUUCUCUGAUGAUGGAGUGGUUGGGUCUAGGUUCCACUGUCUUCCACCAGAGGGAGAUGGUGUAUGAAAACGUUUAUGAAGGCCGGGAAGGAAUGGAGAUUGACGAAGAACUCAUCGCAGUUGCUGAGGAGGCAGAUCUGAUCCAGGCCGAGCGGAUGAUUGAAGACGGGGGUUGGGGAAGUUGGGAAGUUGGCCCCAGAGUUGGCGGCAGACACGUUAGACACAAGGGAGACAGCGCCGAGGCUGUCAGAGAAGUGGAAGAGUUGAUGCUGGCUAUGAACUUGGACAAAGCUGACGUCAAGGCCGGGCAGAGUGAGGGGGAAUGGGAGAGACAACGGGAGCAGAGGAAAAAAAUGAAGAAAGGAAUCAAGAAAGAGCUUGGGAAGAUUUCAGCCAUGACUGAAAAUGAGGAGCAUCACGUCUUAGAUGUCUGGCAUCUUCUCCUGGAAGACAGAUGGAGACUGUACCGGUUGUGGGUGUCUCGCUACAGGGUGGAGCUUCGUACAAAAGCCUUAGCGGCUGAACAAGCUUAUCAGGGUUUGGUGGACAGACUGACAGAUGUGAAACGACAGGAGGACCUCCAUGUUCUCAAGAAAGCAAAGGUCAUUGGCAUGACAACAACAGGAGCAGCCAAGUACCGGAAAGCUCUUCAGAAAUUACGUCCGCGCCUGGUGAUUGUUGAAGAGGCUGCGGAGGUUCUGGAAGCGCACAUCAUCACCACGCUGAGCAGCGCUUGCCAACACCUCAUCCUCAUAGGAGACCACCAGCAGCUGCGGCCAAGUGCCACAGUGUACGAACUCGCCAAGAACUUCAGCUUGGAGAUGUCCAUGUUUGAGAGGCUCGUGAAGAUGGGACUGCCUUACGUCAGACUCAACUACCAGCACCGUAUGAGGCCAGACAUUGCCCGUCUUUUGACCCCAAGCAUCUACUCGGAGCUACAAAACCAUGCCUCCGUGUUGGAAUAUGAAAACAUCAAGGGACUCAGCAGUAAUUUAUUCUUUGUGGAGCACAACCACCUAGAGAUGCAAAUCCAAGAUGGAAGAAGCCAUCAGAAUGAUCAUGAGGCAAAGUUUGUUGUUGCUCUUUGCCGCUACCUUCUUUUCCAAGAAUACAAACCAGAACAAAUCACUAUCCUCACAACCUACACUGGGCAACUCUACUGUUUGCGUAAACGAAUGCCCGCCAGUGACUUCUCUGGGGUCAAGGUGCAUGUAGUGGACAAAUAUCAGGGUGAAGAGAACGACAUCGUUCUGUUGUCUCUUGUACGUAGCAACAAGGAGGGAAAAGUUGGCUUUUUGAGUAUUCCCAACCGUGUCUGCGUUGCUUUGUCACGCGCCAAGAAAGGGCUUUAUUGUAUUGGGAAUAGUGGGAUCCUGAGCAAAAUCCAACUGUGGAGCAACAUCUUCCACAGUUUGAGGGAGAAAGACCAGGUUGGGAAAGCACUGACCUUGUGCUGUCAGAAUCAUCCGGAUCGAGAGGUAAAGGCAUCUUGUGCCGAGGAUUUUCAACAAGCGCCCGAGGGAGGCUGCACCCAGCCUUGCCAGUUUCGACUGGAUUGUGGCCACGUUUGCUCACGAGUGUGCCACCCAUAUGAUCCCCAGCACAAGGAAUACAAGUGCCUUAAAAAGUGCGAGAAGAUUUUAUGCGACGACGGUCACCGCUGUACACUUCUGUGUCAUAAAACCUGUCCAGAGAAGUGUCCCAUUAAAGUCAAGAAGAUCAUACCUCAGUGUCAGCACACCCAAAAGGUUCCUUGCCACCAGGACCCCCAGACGUUCACGUGCCAGGAGCCUUGCCAGAAGCUGCUCAGCUGUGGACAUCCAUGUGAUUCAGUCUGUGGGCUAUCAUGCACCACGAAGUGCAAGGUGAAGGUCACCCUCCAACUCAAGUGUGGACACAGCCAGCAAGGGGCUUGCUAUUACCAAACAGACACAGAGGAGCCUAAUUGUGAGACCCCGUGUCAGCAACCGCUCAAAUGCGGCCACGUCUGUCGCGGCAGUUGUGGAAGGUGUUUUCAGAGACGCUUCCACAAACCUUGCUCCGAGAAAUGUGAGCGACCUCUGAUUUGCUCUCACAAGUGCAAUGAACCCUGUACUCGGGAUUGUCCCCCCUGUAAAAGGGCUUGUGAGAACUGCUGCGUCCACAGUAAAUGCAUGAAGACAUGUGGGGAGCCGUGCGCUCCUUGUAUUGAACCCUGUCCUUGGAAGUGCCCUCACCACCGCUGCAGAAAACUUUGCCACGAGCCAUGCGACCGUCCACCAUGCACAGAAGCCUGCGCGAAAACGCUGGCGUGUGGCCACCCGUGCAUCGGCCUGUGCGGAGACAAAUGUCCAAACAAAUGUCGCAUCUGCGAUCACGAUAAAGUCACUGAGAUUUUCUUUGGAACUGAGGAUGAGCCCGAGGCUCGCUUCAUUCAGCUGGAGGACUGUAAACACAUCGUUGAAGCCACAGCUAUGGACCAGUACAUGACUAUGGAUGACAAAGGCCAGGAAAACGAAGGAGAGCAGGUGGCCAUUAAAUUAAAAGAGUGCCCCAAGUGUAAAACUCCAAUACGUAAGAAUUUACGCUAUGGAUCACACAUCAACCGCAGUCUGGCUGAGAUUGAGAUGGUCAAGGAGAAGAUCAAUGGAAGGCGGUCAGAUAUUGAAGAGAAGAAGAGGACCCUAAUGUCUGAGUGGCGUAAAAACCGUCCCAUACUUUUAGAGGAAAUACUGCAGACAGAGGAUUUUUGCCAAAUCAAAGACAAGCUACAAAGUAGUAACCAUACCUCAGCAAAUGAUCUGUGGAUCCUGGAAAACAAAAUAGAUUUUCUGAUGAGAAUUGCAAACCUUCUGCAUACCGUAAGGGGAAAAAUGUUGCUGAGUGAUAAACUCAGAUUUCGAACACGGGUCGAUGAGUUCUUGUUUUGGGUUAAAACUCACCACCAAAGAUUCACAGACCAACAGGUAUUCGAUCUGCAGAGAGAGCUAUCGAGACUCAACUUUCUGGCUGAACUCAACGCCCGCUGCCAAAUGGCAGACGCGAGGGGAAACACUGAGAAAAUCCAGUCCGAGGUACAAGAAAUGAGAGAUGUUUUGGAACAGUCAGGCCAGUUCACUGAGCAAGAUCAAGUGAGAAUGAAAGAUGCCAUGAAGAGACUGGAUAAAAGGUUUCCAGCGUCAGGCUUGGGAAUCACUGAAGAGGAAAGAAAGAUGAUUGUCUCAGCCAUGAAAAUGCAACCAGGACACUGGCACAAAUGCCCAAACGGCCAUGUCUACGUUAUUACAGAGUGUGGAGGGGCAAAUCAGAGUACAACUUGCCCUGACUGUGACGCUACCAUUGGUGGGUCAAACCACAGGCUUGCCAGUGGCAACCAAGUUGCCACAGAAAUGGAUGGGUCGCGGCACACUGCUUGGUCUGAAGCCAAUAACUUAAUCAACUUUGGUAACCUUGACUUCUAAGAGAGUUGUAAAAGAAGUCAGUUGUCACCUUUUGGUCUUGGACACCAAAACCUUGUGAGUGGCAUCGGGCCCUGGUGGAGCUUUAAUGACCACUUUAAUUUAGGCUUGACAAGAGCAGCCACUACAAAAGUCAUUGAACAGUGUAAUUAAAGGAAGAUAAUGUGGUUGUCUGUUUAAAAAGAUAGAUAAUGCAGAGGACUGUGAAACAACCCAUAUUCUUCUGGCGUGAAAAAGAUCUUAUAAAAACCUUUUGUAUCAAUUACAUCAGUUAUCUGCAGUGCUUUGAUUUUGCUACAUGUUGUUGUGAAUUUAUGUUGCAGUGCCAACCCAUAUGUGAUAAAGGUCUUGACAUUUGCUGUGAUGAAAUAGUUGGGUUUUUUAAAAUGCUUAAUCACAGAAUAAGUCAUGAAUUGAUUGAUUAAAAGCUUGAAAUGACAGAUUUAAGCUCUAACCUCAUGAUACAGUGUGUAUCAGGUUGUUCUCAGUAUAACAGCUGUCCAGCACUGUAACAGUAGGUGUCAGUAAAACACUGUAUAUAACUCUGGAGUUUCACAUUAGUUUUCAGUCAUGUUUGCUUGUAAGGGACUGAAUAAUCACUUUUAUCAUUUCUGAAGUUGAUAUUCUGGAAUAAAACUGUACUUUUGCAUUAAAAGACAUCACUAUAA